UAUAUUGCAAACUAUUAAAAGCUUGAAGCAGUGGAAGAUGUUUUCUCAAUCUGUCUGGAAAUGUACUUGAAGCUGCAAUCCUAAGGAUAUUUUCAAGAAUGAGUACACUUUAAAUGUAAUAGUUCUUUUGUUUGUUUGUGUGUUUUUUUUUUCUUCAGCUUUCAGUGACAAGACAGCAUAUCUUCCUGUCAUUUACAUUUAAGUUUUCUACCCUUUUUCCUUUUCUUUUUUAAAUAACUGUUAUAAUGGAUAAACCUAGAAGACAUCUUAAAAAACUGAAAAAGAGACGAUCAAGUCUUUUUGCAAGUGUCAAACUUAAUGACAGUUUUUCACAGAGCAUAGAGGAGGAAGAGUGUGCCUUUCCUUUUUCACAGGACAGCUCUGUGAAACCAUGGACGUCGAUGGACAACCUCGAUACACCAUCACCUCAAUCAAGAGACACAAGAGAUCAAAUAAAGUGCGAGAAUGAAGGACUCAAGGUUCCACACCGGCAUUCAACAGUGAUCAACGUUAAUGUAGGUGGUAAACUCUUCACCAUUCCCAAGCACCUGGCUAUCAGAUACCCCCGAACCCGAAUAGGUACCUUAGCCCUGUGCAAAGAUCCCGUCAAGCAGCUAACACUCUGCGAUGACUACUGUGUGCUAACUAAUGAGUUCUUUUUUGACCGAGAUCCUACUUUCUUCCACUACAUCUUCCACUUCUACUGUAGCAAUGUGCUAUGGGUAAUGGAGAGUCUGUGUCCCAUCAAUUUUGAGGAGGAGAUGAAGUUUUGGGGUCUACACUUGAGGGAUACACCCCGCUGUUGCCGCAUUCUUUAUGAGGAGAAAGUAGAUGAGAUAAGAGACCAGCUAAAAGUGAACAGGGAACUUAUGGCUGAAAUAGAGCCUAUGCACAAUGAGGAUGGUUUCAAGAAAAUGAUUUUGGGGGGUGUUCGAAAGACAUUAUGGGACCUGAUGGAGAACCCGUACUCUUCGUUGGCCGCUAAGUCAUUUGCUGUUUUCUCCAGCCUCUUUGUCCUCAUUUCCAUUGUAGCAAUGACUCUAAAUACUGUGAAUGAAUUGAAAGAUUAUAAGGUCUUUGGAAGAACCUAUAUGGAGUGUGUUGAAAUCACUUCAAUUCUCUUCUUUACCUUUGAGUAUUUCCUUCGCCUACUGACUACGUGCAAUGUCAUGCAUUUUUUAAAGAGUGCACUUAAUUUUGUAGACUUAGUGGCUGUCAUGCCUUACUUUAUCCAGCUGUUAUUUGAGGCUUUUGCUAACCAAGAAGAUCUCAGUGUCCAAGAUGACUUGAAGACAAUGGCGAGAGUUAGCAAAGUCAGCAAAGUGCUUAAAGUUGUCAAACUCAUGCGAAUCUUUCGGAUUCUGAAACUGGCAAGGCAUUCAACAGGCAUGCGGGCAUUUGGCUUCACUCUUCGUCAGUGUUUUGAACAGGUCUGCUGCCUGUUUCUGUUCAUUAUCAUGGGCAUCUUCACAUUCUCUGCCCUAAUGUACUCAGUGGAACAGGAUGUUGCUGGAAGCCCCUUCAGCAGUAUUCCAGAUGCCUGGUGGUGGGCAGCGGUGAGCAUCUCCACUGUAGGCUAUGGAGAUGUGGUACCCAUCUCUUACUCUGGUCGAGUGGUGGCCUUUGGGUGCAUAUCUUUUGGCAUUAUUUUGAAUGGAAUGCCAAUCUCCAUCCUGUUUAACAAAUUUUCUGACUACUAUGCCAAGCUGAAGGCUCAGGAGUGCACUAACACUACUGGUCGACAGGCUGUGCACUUCAAGAAAAGAUUGCGAAGGAAAUUUGAAAAUUGCUUUGAGCCAACAUCUGAGGAAUCUGAUGAGGACAACAGACAUCACGUCGGCCAGUGUCAGCACUGAACAUCCUUGCCACUUUCCUGCCUUCAUUGUCCUUGAACAGAGAGCAGGUUCUCAGCCUGCCUUGAAUUAAAUAGGGACUUUAGAGAUGGGAGAACGCCAGGUUAAAGGAAGUGAAGCAAUUAGCUUUAAGAUGGCUUAAAAUGGCAUGUCCAAGAGGAUCUUUUGCGAAACAACUUGUGCUGAUUUUGUGUCUUUAAUGUAAUUUGUUGAUUUAUAUGUUAAUUUCAGAGCUAACAAAAGGAUUCAAAUAAAUUGUCAUUGCAACCUAAGAUUUAGAUAUUUUUCUCACUUGCCUUCCUCAAUUUAAACAUACAGGUAAGUGAGUUCUGAGGAUAGGACUAAGUUCCUGGGUCAGAAAUUAACAAAAAUAGAUCUCAAAGUGACAGAGAAGAGUCUGUUGGUAAUUAAUUUGAAAUGUUAUAAAUAAUUUGAUAUAUUUUGAAAUAUUCCUUUAGGCGUAUCUAGUUAUGGGUUCAGUGCAAACACAGACAACUUGGCCGGUAGCUGUCAGAUGUAUUCAGUAGAUUGUUAAAUGUAUAAGCAAUAUGAUGUGGGUUUUCAUGUUAAAAUACAACAACCAACUCUGAAAACACUGAAUGUGAAGGAAAUACUUCAAACAGCUUCAAAACUUGACUACAUUAAAAUCACUUUCUGUAUUUUAUUUCAGAACCUUGUUAGGCUCCAUUCUAUGUGGGUGGCUAUGGAUCAGGUGGUAGAGCGGGUUGACCACUAAUCACAGGUUUGAUUCCUGUCCCACACGACUCCACGUGCCAAAGUGUCCUUAUGCAAGACACUGAACCCCAAGUUGCUCCCAAUGUCAGGCUAGCUGCCUUGCAUGGCAGCUCUGCUGUCAUUGGUGUGUGAAUGGGUGAAUGAGACACAGCGUAAAGUGAUUUGAAUACCUCUAAGGUUAAAAAGGCGCUAUAUAAGUGCACCAUUUACUAUUUUGUGCAAUUGGAGACCAUGAUGAGAAAAUAACUUGUAUCUUUUUUCUUUGCACACCUUAUCAUAUACAACCCACAAAAGAGGGUUAAUUUACUACAACAAAUAGACAUUUUAGCUUGAUUCAUUUGAAUAUUAGAUUUGAAUAAUCUUACA